AUGUUGCAUUCUGGGCCGCCGCCUACCAGCUUUAGCUUUUAUGAAAUCAGUGGGUGGGACCCGCUGCCGGUUAAAGCAGACGGCUGUGGGCUUGUGGGCCAGAGCCUGAUUCCCUCUAUAUUUUGGCAGGUUUUGGAGAAGAUGCGGCCCAUCGACCAGAAACUGAAGUACCAGGUGGACAAGCUGGUAAAGGCAGCCGUUACUGGGGCUUUGGGUGAAAACGACCCCCUGAGGUUCAAGCCGAAUCCCGGCAACCUGAUGAGCAAGCUCAGUGAUUCGGAGGAGGAAGAAAGCGAAGAAGCUGCCGAUGGCGCAAAGGGUUCUGGGAAAGUGGCAUCGAAAGGAGGGAGCAGGAAAUACGUCCCGCCCCGUUUGGUGCCUGUACAUUACGAUGAAACGGAGGCUGAGAAGGAGAAGAAGAUGCUGGAACAGGCGAAGAAGCGAGCCCUCAGCAGCUCCAUCAUCCGGGAGCUGAAAGAGCAGUAUUCGGACGCCCCUGAAGAAAUCCGCGAGGGACGCUACGCUCACACCACCAGGCAGAGCCGGGAGGACGAGCACCGCACCAGCUAUGAGGAGAGCAUGAUGGUCCGUCUCAACGUCAGCCGGAAAGAGAAGGCUCGCCGGAGGCGGGCGGGCACCCUGGCCUCCCAGCUCACCACCCUCACCCACUUCGGGGACAUCAGUGCCCUCACCGGGGCAGCUCCCCCCUUGGACGAGGAUCUGAGCCCCCAGAAGAAGAAAAGGAAGAAGAUCGGCACGAGAUAUGGCAAGAAGAAGAAGGGUGAGUGUGGCUGUGAAUCCUCCUUCGCUGAGCAGGCCGCGCCUUGA